ACAAAACAAAGCAUCGAAGCAAUAUUAGAACGAUUUUAAAAAUGAGCCUGAUGAAAAAUCCCGCUUUAAAAGAUCAUAAAAGAAUGGAACUGAAUGAAGAAUGGAACAACUUCACGAAACGGAUUGGAGAAGUAUCCAAUAUAGUAAGGGACAUGGCAAGUGGUGACAAGGAGAGAGCUGAUGCAGCACAAGCGUUGGCCGAUCAGUAUCUCAGCGGAAAAGUCAUAGUGGACGAGGAUAUGAAGAUGAAUGUUAAAGAAAACCGUACUGUAAUCAAUUAUAAAGGUUUUCAGUCUCUAGAUAACAAAAAUACGGAUGAAAUAGACAAAGAUGCAUGGAUGGCUGAGGUCAGUAAAGACGCGGAGAAACGAGCGCUUGACCGCAAGAUACGACGUGAAAAGGCAGACACGCUAAAAACACAAGCCACCAAGGCGUUUCGAAGAGGCGAAUACGACCGCGCUCUAUCCUACUACAACAGAGCCAUAGAGCAAGUCAGAGACAACUCUAUGCUGUACUGCGAUAGAGCCCUCACCAACAUCAAACUUGGGAAUUUUGAUAAGAUUUUCGCCGACUGCGACAUGGCGCUACGGCUCAAUGAGAAUAGUUUUAAAGCUCACCUAUACAAGGCGAAAGCGUAUAAAGAGCUGGAAGAAACUGAUAAAUUGGUUGAAUGUAGAAAAGAAUUGGAUGAGAAAUUCUCCCAACAUGCUGAUUUAAUCAAAUACUUUUUAGACAAAAAGGAAGGCUACGGCGAUGACGACCAAGAUAAAGAUUAAUAUUAACGUUUUCAAUGAUUUUUAAUGCUAUAUUUGAUUUACUUUUAAAUAUGUUAAACGUAGAACUAGAAUUUAUAGUGCGUGUAUGUUACGCGAAACGACGUUCAUACACAUGUUUGUUUUCGUUCGUCUUGGCUUUGUUGGAACGUGUACAAUCAAUAUGCAAAUAUUGACAGAGCGGAACCAACGACGGAAUAAUGAAUUUAACUCAAAUUUAUUUUUGUGAUUUCAAAUCAUACGCGUGUUAAGUACCUACAUAAAAUAAAUAUCCUUAUGUAUUUUUAUCUUUAUCUGUUAAUAUACUGUUAUUGACAGGCGCAUGUUUUCGUAAUCUUGUUUUAAUAUUAAUUAUUAUCCUUAACAUAUACCUACUUGUAACUCGCGUGGACAUUAUCAAAAGUAAUGUCGUAAUUUUAGUAAUGAAAUAUAACCUUAUAGAUAAUAACUAGUUUACAGCACAACCCUCAGAUUUAUUCUUUAUUGGGUUAGACAUAAGUCAUAAUGCUGUAUUUUGUAAUCCUUCUUUCUACUUUGUGUUAUAACAAUAAACAAAUUACGAAGCCGC